CUUUAACUUACCACAACGUUUCGACAUCACGUAUAUUGAUUCAAACUCGGAUAAGAAGAGGCCCAUCAUGAUUCACCGAACAGUUCUCGGAUCUCUAGAGCGGUUUUUUGGUGUACUUAUAGAGCAUUAUGCUAGUGAUUUCCCGUUAUGGCUUUCUCCAAUUCAAGCUCGAAUUCUACCGGUCACUGACACGCAGCUUGAAUACUGCAAAGAUUUAACUGAGAAGAUGAAAGCGAGUGGAAUACGUGUUGAGUUGUGCACAGGUGAGCGACUGCCAAAGCUCAUUAGAAAUGCUGAGAAGCAGAAGAUACUGUUAAUGGCUGUUGUGGGACCCAAGGAGGUUGGGAUGGAGAGUGUUACAGUCAGAUCUAGGUUCGGUGGGGAGCUGGGAACGAUGGGCAUUGAUGAUUUCAUCACGAAGGUCAAGGAUGCUGUCGACAAUCAAAAUGGGUGUGAUGGGGGUCGUAUGGGGGAUCUGGGUUUUCAAAAAAAAUGUGAAGAGUGGGGAAGAAAAAGAAGGGUGAGAUGGGAGUGGGGUCCACUCAAUUAA